GAAUUGGUUUUGUCUUGGAAUGGUUAUCUAUUCUAUCGAUGAAAUGGUUUUUUUUUUUCAUUUGAAUGGGUUUGUGUUCUGUUUCUGCAAUGCUGAGAUUUGUGAGUGUACGUGGAGAUUUGUUAAGGUUAUCAGAUAUAUGAUUUUUUUUAUCUAAUGGCAUCAAAGAACAAUAAGCAACCUAAAUCACGAGGUUUAACAGAAGAAGAUGUAAUUUUGCAGCUAGUAUGUGAUUUGCCUUUUGCAUGUUAUGCUCGAAUGAUAAGGACUUUUUCAUAUUGGCUUAUUUCUGAAGCUAGUUUGAUUAUCUAUUUGGUUUUAUUUUCUCCUUUGUUAACUGCGAUUCAACUUGGUUCAGACUUGUAAAAUCCCACACCAUUUUAUGCUAUCGUGAGUGUACCUGCCGUUGGUUCAAUGAUCAGCUGCUGUUUCUGAACCUGAAAAUUGACAUUCAAUUUGGCUUGGAAGAAUGGCUUUUAAGAAAUGAUAACGAUAAUCUCAUCUUGAUUUGAGAGUUCCAGAAUGUGUCUGCCUACUUCAUAACUUGAUAUAGAUAGAGAGUACAAAUUUUAAUAGCUUCAGGUUUCGAAUUGGAUCUCGAGUGGCUUUUGGUUUUAUGCUAUUCGCAUUUGAGGGAUUAACCAUCUUCAUUUGGUGAGGAGUGACCAUUUUUAGCAGCUGUAAGGAGAUGGGGUGGAGACAGAGUGACAAAUUUGUAUAGAUUCAGUCCACUUUAAAAACCCAUUUAUUUCAUGAUAACUGAAUCUAGAGAAGAAAGUUUCCAUCCGCAAAUGGUUGCUUGAACCUGAUGUCAGAUUAAUCCAGCCCACUAAAAAACCCAAAAUAGUGAAUUCCAGAACCUUCUGUGCUACUUACAACUGUGCAAAGAUGCUGAGACAAUACUUGAAGAAUGCAACUCUCCUGAAUCAUCCUCACUUCUAUAAUCCUCAUAGAGCUAUGCAUAAUAGAAAUAAGAAGGCAAUGGAGUUCAUAGCGAAGGGGUGGAGCGCUUUAAAAGAAGUGGACAGAGUUAUUGACUACUGUGAACUCAAUGAUAGCCGCCUCAUCCCACUCCUCAGGACUGCAAAAGAGAACUUUGAACUGGCUUUGGAGGCUGACAACUCAAAUACCCAUGCUAGGUUUUGGUUGUCAAAAUUGCAUUUGAAGUAUCAUGUUCCUGGGGCAUGUAAAGCAAUAGGAGCUGCUUUGUUAGUGGAAGCUGCAGAUAUGGGUGAUCCAGAUGCACAAUAUGAAUUGGGUUGCCGUCUGAGAGUUGAGAACGAUUAUGUUCAAUCAGAUCAGCAAGCUUUCUAUUAUUUGGAGAAGGCUGUUGACCAGUUGCAUCCAGGUGCUCUUUACCUUCUCGGUGCUGUAUAUUUGACAGGGGAUUGUGUGAAGAAAGAUGUUGCCUCAGCUUUAUGGUGUUUUCGUAGGGCAUCAGAGAAGGGCCAUUCGGGUGCAGCUAUAGCAUAUGGAUCUCUCCUCCUCAGAGGAGCUCAAGUCCCAGAAUCACUAACGAAAUUCGAUUUGAAGCGGGGUUCCUCUGCCAAAAAAGUGAGAAAUCCUGAAAGCUCAGUGAAAGAUCCAGUAGAAAUGGCAAAAGAACAGUUCCUGGUUGCAGCAAAAGCUGGGUGUGAUCUUGGAUUAAAAUGGUUGCAAAGACUCGAGGAAGAAGAGAAACGCCUACUUGCUGAGAGCAGCUCUAAAGAUUUUUCUCUAGCCUAAAUUAGUAUGCUUAUCAAGUAAUUUCUUUGGCUCAAAAGCAAGCACUCUACUGAGAUACAAGUGCAGCAAAAACUCCACUCUGCGCUUCAAAGAGGAAGAUACAAUACUCUGUAAUGAAGUCAUUUUUUUAGAACUGUGAGAUUACGAGUUUGAAUUCCAAUAGAAACGCAAUUAAUCAAGGAAAA